CAGACCAAUAGGACCGUUGACACCGGAGGCGCACCUGCUUUCCUCGCGGCUGGUGCAGAAAUACACGCUGAUGCAACAAUUAAUUGGGAGUAAUUCAGUAAAACUGAGAUGCAGAGCAGAUGCCUUCUCCGAGUUCUUUUCGCCUUAUUGGCUCUCAUUUUAUCAAAAGGACAAGAUGUGAUGGGAUCAGGUCUCUCCUGUCUCAGACUGAGUCCUGCCGGCGACGGACUGACGCGCGUCACGUUCCUGCGAGUGGACGCAGCCGGCGUGCGCUUCCUGUACCUCACCGUGUGGUCAGAGGAUACCCGCCUGGUGACAUGCGAAGUGCAGAGCAGUCCGCUGGUCACGGAAAGUUACCGCGCUCUCUGCGACAGCAGCGGCUGGCAGAGUCAGCAACCCACCAGGAGGUUUAACAUCAGCGCGUUGUUGGCUCAGGACGCUCCCUGCGCGCUCGGCUCCUCCAGCGCGCCAAAAUUGACCAGACUCACAAGAAGAGAUGGGACGGUGGGGAAAACUCGGAGGAAACGCUCCUGGAUAUUUCCAGGGACGCUAUGGUGCGGCACAGGAAGCACAGCGGUGCAAUACGAACAGUUAGGGAUGUUUGAGAGCGCCGACCGAUGCUGCCGUGAGCACGACCACUGCCUGCACACCAUCCCAGCUUUCUCCAUGAAUUAUGGCGUCUUCAACACCAAAUUCUACACCGUCUCACACUGUGACUGUGACCAGAGGUUUCGACAGUGCCUUCUUCAUGUGAAUGACACCAUUUCCAGUAUGGUGGGCUACAGCUUCUUCAGCGUCCUGCAGGUUCCCUGCUUUGUGCUCAAACAGCCGACGCAAUGCACUGACACACACUGGUGGGGAAUGUGCAAAGGGGGCAAAGAGGCUCCGUAUGCCGUCUUCAAAAGCCCUCUCCCUUACAACUCCUCAGAUAUUACGAGCAAAUAUGAACACAAAGCUGACAGUAACAAGCUAUCAAACACUGAGGGGCAGCAUGUGACCGAAAGCCCUCCGAUCAGCCCGCACACAAAGUCACCCACAAGCAAAAACAAGUGCCGCUCCGAAGACCCACUCAGGGGGGGCACUUUGCACCGCAGAAAGCAAAAAGGGGAAGGAUGUAAAAAACACCGCAAACUGCACUCAGCAGAACCUUCUCAAAUCCCCUCAACAUCAAGAGCACGCAACAACACUCCUUCCGUGGUAACCAGUCUGUCACGUGCUUCCAAAAGUAGCACAUUAAUGUCAAAUAAAAAGAGAGCUGGAAAAAAGAAGAGCAGAAAAGGCCUGUUGGCUCACCCCACUCAGAGAAGUCAAGUUCCACCGCAGACGACUGCAAACUUUUAUCCACAAACGACACCUCCAACACCUCCACACGUGCUGACCGCCAUCACAGCCGUGACCAGUACCACCCAAAGUUCCAAAAAAGUUCCCAAACACACUCGCUGUUGUGGAUUCAGGACGCUUUUGAGAGGUGACACUUUUCUGCCUCACUGUAAAAACUGUCCCGCACAAAACACGACUUCUCACGGGACAGAUGUUACCCCCUCAACAGCUACGUAUGGAUCACCGAGCAAAGCGACGACACUCGAAACGCCGCGGCUCGAUAAGACAAGAGCAACGCCCAGACAAGACACUCAGACUACAGCUGAUUCUGCAGUGUCGGCCUCAACAAAACUUAUGACGGAAGCCCCCAUUCAUGAAGGCCGCAGGCCACAAACGCAGAUGGUUUCUCAUCUGCCGUGGAUUACCAUGCAGCAGGAACCCGUGGGCCGAACCAAAGCCCCAGUCACACAGUCAGAGAGAGGCCUGAAACUGUUGCAUAAUUUGACAGAUGUUCAGCCCCUGUGCAGAAGCCUCAAACAUCUGGAUGAGUGUAAAUACAAAAUCCCCCCUUUGGCGAAGAAGUACGGUCUGCACAACGUGGAGUCAAAGACGGCCUAUCACUGUGACUGCACCAGCCGCUUGGCUGUUCACAUUAAAAGCUUCAAGCAACGCAGUAUUCUCCCCACGCUGAUGGCGGAUUUCGUCUCUCAGUACUGCUUUAACCUGCCGAAGGAGAAGGAAUGCCGCAGCAGAAAAAGCUGUUCUGGAGGCUUCAUUAAAGCCUCUGACCUACUUCAAGCACUUAAGAAGAUAGAGGAAAGAAACACUGCCGGGAUGCGAAAGAGAGGGAAUCCUGUUCGCCUUUAUAAGCGAUGCCUGAGGCUGGAGAGAGAAGCUGAUAUUAUGGCACAUCUCACAUGAUUAUACACUGAGCUGCUGUGAGGAGCAACAAUGAGUUUUAUAGGCUUUACAUUUCAUACAGCAUUUUCUGUUUCUCUCUGGUGGUGUAAAAUAGCAGUUUGUUGAAAAUAUUCAAGAACUUGAAUAUCUUAUGACCAAGGCCAUGGAUGUAAAGUUAUAUACAUAUAUUUAUUAAAAACUGUAAUACAAAGCUAUAGUCCUCCAGACUGUGUAAUGAAAAGGUAAUAAAAGAAAUAAUAGUAACUCCAUGCUGCUUUCAGAAAUAACCCACAGCCCGCCAGUAAUCACAGUCUCAAAUGAUAAAAGUUCAGCAACAAAUUCUUAGCUUAGAACACAACUAUUAGCAUUAUUAUUCAUUACUGGAAACAAAUGUGCUUUGAAUUGCCAAUAAAUGUCUCAAAACUAACAGAACAAUGUCUUCCUACUAUGUAAAAUAAAAAUAAACCAAACUUACAGUUACAUGUCAAACUUCCUCAAUUAGAC